AUGUUGAAAACAGUAUUAAGUUCAUUAAAAAUAUCUAUUUUGGAUCAAAAGUCCUCGCAAUUGUUAACCGGUAUUUUACAACCUUCCAAUAACUUAAUAUGCACUAGAUUGUUACAUAUAACCUCUUCUCUAUCCGGAAUUGAUCAAAGGAGAAAACGAGAAGGUGUUAUGAAAAAAGAUGAUGGAAGUGAGGGAGAAUUUACAAUAGGUAUUGAUAACAUAGCUAAGCGACAACGAUUGUUUCCUGACAUGAAUACACCUAACACACUUUUUAAUGGCAUACCUUAUAAAGAGAUUCCUAUUGUUAACAUCAAGUGCUCUCCGAACAACACUAUGAUGUGUUUAACAGAUUAUAAGGGUUCACUAAAAAUGUUUAAAAGUUGCGGGACUGAAGGUUUUAAACAUGCUCGAAAAGCAACCAAUAUUGCUGCGCAGGCUACCGCUAUUUCAUUAAGUACCAAAGCUUUAGAUCAAGGAUAUAAAACGAUUAGAGUGCGAGUGAGGGGUUUAGGACCAGGCCGAAUGUCUGCUAUCAAAGGACUUCAAAUGGGAGGGAUGGACAUAGUGUCAAUUACUGAUAACACUCGGGUUUCUUGGUGUCCUUUGAGACCGAGAAAAGCAAAGCGAUUGUAG